CAAAGUUCACCGAUAACGUGUGGCGGAGUUGUAUCUUGUCCGAGUUACCCAACCGAGAGCCACCGGGCGAGUUCACUAUGUUGAUAAACUAGUUUGUGCAACGGCAGCGAUCUGACGGAUCGACUGUGCUCAGCUCAUAACCGCUGAAACGGAGAAGUUGGUCUCUGCUACUCACCGCAACUCCGUUACAAUGUUGACAUGGCUAAUCUUGCUGGCUGUGCUGCUGAUAGUUCUUCGAUUUCGAUUUCCAUAUUUUCUGAAAGACUUACAGUACGCCAUUCAGCUGUGUCGGGUUGGGUAUCGGUUAGCUAAAUACGCACAGUCAAAACCGUACUUUACAAUAUUAGAUCGUUUUUUGGAAACAGUAAGUAGGCACCCUCAAAAGACUUUUAUUUCUUUCAAAGAUGAAAUCUUCUCCUAUCAGGAGACAGACAGGCAGAGUAACCGGAUCGCUAGGGCUCUCCGGGAGCACGCUGGUGUCAGGCAGGGCGACACCGUCGCGCUCCUCCUGGGGAAUGAACCCGUGUUCCUGUGGACCUGGCUGGGCCUGGCGAAGCUCGGCUGCUCCGCCGCGCUGCUCAACUACAACCUGCGCUCCAGAUCUCUGCUCCACUGCUUCUCCUGUUGCGGGGCCAAGCUGCUGGUCGCAGCCGCAGAGCUCAGAGGUGCGGUGGAGGAGGUGCUUCCUGCGCUGACGGAGCAAGGGGUCACCGUCUUCCUCCUCGCCGAGGAGUGUGACACUGUUGGCAUGGAAACCCUCUCAGACAAGAUCCGCCUGGCGUCAGACGCCCCCCUGCCCUUUGACCUCAGGGCCAACGUGACCUUCACCAGCCCCGCCGUGUUCAUCUACACCUCCGGCACCACAGGUCUGCCCAAGGCUGCGGUGGUCAGUCAUCAGCGCUUGUGGGGGAUGUCCUCCGUGCAGUCCAGCGCGGGCGUCUGUUCCGACGACGUCGUCUACGUCAACCUGCCGCUCUACCACACGGCCGGCUUCGCCCUCGGAUUCACCGGCGCCAUCGAACGAGGUGCGAGCAUCGCGCUGCGUAACAAGUUCUCUGCGUCACAGUUCUGGGACGACUGCAGGAAAUACAACGUGACCGUCAUGCAGUACAUCGGCGAGACAAUGCGCUACCUGUGCAACACUCCCAAGUCGCCUGCUGACCAGGUGCACAACGUGCGGAUUGCGUUCGGUAACGGGCUGCGGGGGGACGUGUGGAGGGACUUCCUGGAGCGCUUCGGCCACGUGGAGAUCCGAGAGCUGUACGCCUCCACCGAGGGCAACAUGCACUUCAUCAACUACACCGGCCAGAUCGGCGCCGUGGGCCGCAUCAACGCACUGCACAAGAGGAUGUUUCCGUUUGCGGUGAUCCAGUACGAUCUGGAGAAGGAGGAGCCGGUGAGGAAUGCAGAGGGCUUGUGCAUCGAGGCACCCAGAGGCGAGACAGGCCUGAUGGUGGCGCUCAUCACUCAGAAGGCUCCGUUCUCGGGCUACGCGCGGGACCUGCAGCAGACGGAGAGGAAGAAGCUGCGUGACGUGCUGCAGAGAGGAGACGUCUACUUCAACAGCGGAGACCUGCUCAGAGUCGACCAGCACAACUUCCUCUACUUCCAGGACCGCGUCGGAGACACAUUCAGGUGGAAGGGAGAGAAUGUGGCGACUAAUGAAGUGUCGGACAUCCUCAGUAUGAUGUCAUCCAUCACGGAGGCCAAUGUGUACGGAGUCAGAGUACCAGGUCAGGAGGGCAGGGUUGGCAUGGCUGCGGUGACGCUGCAGAAGGGAGAGGCGUUCGAUGGCAUCAGCGUGUUCACCCACGUGUGCACCUACCUGCCGGCCUACGCACGCCCACGCUUCAUCAGAGUCCAGAGUGCUCUGGAAGUCACCGGAACCUUCAAGCAGAUGAAGGUGCAGCUUGUGCAGGAAGGGUUCAGUCCCGACGCCGUGCGCGAUCCGCUCCACUUCCUGGACGAGCGAGAGAAGCGCUACAGCCCCCUCACCAUGGAGACGCACGCGGCCAUCCUGCGCGGGGCCGUUAAACUCUAACUGGCCAGCGGUCAGCCUGGACUCAGGCUCUCACUGGAACAGCUGCCCUCUACACUCAUGCUGCAGCUUUUACACUUUAAAUAAUGCAGCUGUGUGUUGUGAGGGAAUGUCAUUUCUAGAAUGUGUAUUACUGUCUGUGAAGUAAAACUGUAUUUUUAAUGAUUAA